AAAUGGGGGAGAUUUAUCAAAUUUUUAAUUCUUUUUUUAUUUUGGAACAGCUAAAUGCUAAUGAAUACUCACGGCUAUUUAGUUAUUUUGGCGGGACCGUGGGCUCCACUGGAUUUGAAUAUUUGAAAUAAGGAGCAGAAACCUAUUUGUAGCGCGAUUCAUUUUCCGUUUGGAUUCAGAGAGCGAAAAGAGAAAGAACACUCGAUUUUGGACUUCAAACAAUUUUGAUUCCAAAAUCUGAAGUCGCCACAAAAGCAAUGUCUUCCACAAAAGCCAGCGCCAAAAAGCGAGCGUUGAAUUCUGAUGUCUCAAAGUCGGGAAAAAAAUUGCGGGUUGAAGAAGAUGAUCUUUUCGAUCCAGAUCUCUCUAGUGAUCUCAAAGGCAUUAUGUCUGCGCUGCAUCAGAUCAGAGAGAAAUCUCAGAAGGAUGGACAGAAGAAGAAUGAAGAGACUAUUUCUAGUUUGUCCACGGAGAUGAAGUCUAUGAUAGAUGAUUUGAAGUCAAAACUUGAGAAGGAAAGACAAAGUUUUGCUAAGGCACUUUCAAAGAGCUCAAAAGAGUGUGAAAAUUCCUUGAAAAUUGAGGCUGCCAGGUUCCAGGAAGUUUAUGAGAAGUUCUCCAAGGAGAGAUCAGCACAUUUGCAGGCAUUCCAAGAUUCUAUAUCCAAAUUUGAAGAAGAAAAGGAAAGAUUGUUCAUGCGAUAUGAACAACAAAGAAAGAAAGAGAAGACUAUGAUAUCCGAACACGAGAAAGCUUGUGCAGAUAAAAUUGCUCGCUUGGAGGAGUCCUUAAAGAAGAAGAAGCAGGAUGACAAAACUUUCAACAUUUUGAGGAAAACUUUGGGUUCAUUCCUGGGGAAUGGUUCUGAUGAGGACUUCCCACCUGACGAUUGAAGGUUUCUUCAAAACACCAGUGCUGCAAACUAACCAAUGUAAUGAAUCUCUUAUUCUUUCCCCAAAGUAGCAGAGUACUGUCCAUGAAGAACUCUUCAUCAUUUCCACAAUAACGUGGAAAGAAAAGACACAAAAAAUCCUCUGUUGUUUAGAUUGCUGUAUAGCCAUGGAUGCCAGCCAAUGGGAUAGUUUGAUUUCUACAAUAAUGAAAUGAUAAACACUUAAUGGCUAUAUUAGUACGUUACUGCA